CGUCGUCGCGCGCGUCGCCCAGCCCCGCCAUGUCGCUCCCGACGCCCCCGAAGACGUCGCACCGCGCCGAGAAGGAGAACCGUUUCGACGCCGCUGCGGCGCGCACCGUGUCGUGGUCCGCGACGCAUGAGUACCGCGGUAUCUUCGCGCUCGACGGGCUGAAGAUACCGGGUAGGACGGCGGCGCGGCUGCCGCCAGCGCGCUCGAUCCUGAAGAAGCGGAAACACGCUGAGAUGCUCGACGUCGGCGAGCCCGCAGCGCAGCGUGAGGCCACCCCGGAGCCAGCGGACCCGCUGAUGGACUUGGAGUAUCUCGCGCGCUCUGUGGGGACCGUGCUGCAAGCAGAGUCUACGCUACGCGAUCUGAUAGAGGCAUACAACGUAUUGGCGGCGCGCCUGCGGUCGUCGACGCCCAUGGACACGGAUACGGAGACGACCUGGCCGCUGUUCCAGCCUAUUCGCGCCGAUCCCCAGGCGUUUACGGACGCCAUAGUGCGCGACCUUAACAAGGCGCGCAUCGACCCCACUGCAUUUGAGGAGAAGACGGCGAGUGCGCUCCCCUCCCCGAAGAAGAGCCCCACGAAGAAGACCGCUGGCGGGCUGUCCGCCGAGCAGGUCAAGUACGCUCGCGACUUCUCCAUGGUGUGCCAUGCCGUGAUCAAGCUGCUAUGCUUCAUGUUCACUGUCCCUGCAACCAUGUACCUGUUUACCACCGCCCAAUUGGGCCAGAUGCUCACCGCUGUGCUUGCUAUCCCCCUGUGCAAAGAGCUACCUACCUUGAACGCGCGCAAGACCUGCGCCCUCGCUAUUGCCUUGAUCCAGACCCAACGUCUUCCCGCCGAUGUCCUUAGCCCCGCCGCUGACCGCAUUGCGUAUGCUCUUCGUCGGGGCAUCGAAGGUCAGCUUGGCAAGGAGGGUAAGAAGGGUGCUAUUAGUGACGGUCUCAAGGCUGUCCAUGAUCUCGCUACAUACCAACCCGACAUCUUCGUGCCUGCUUUCUCCACCAUCCUACCCUGUAUCCUUGAUGUAUUGGUCGGACCCAGUCUCAACUUCCGUGUACUCGCCUGUCAUGCGCUAGGCGGUCUCGCAUAUGGCACCAGCCAGGUGCAGCGCGACCAUGUCCAUACACACCUUUCGGACACCAUGAUGUCCUACCUCACCAAAAGGCCUCCUGCAUCUCCCCAUAAAACGUCGGCGUCGCCAACAACGCCGCCUAUCCAGGAGUCGCCUCUGGAAAAGGCGAUCCGGACAACACUCCGCGCCGCCAACGACGUCGUGCACAUCGGCCAGUCACCCAUCUGGGCACUCUGCACGCUUGCUAGCGUGAUUGUACUGCUCGGGCCCGCCGUCUUCACUGACAGCAAGAUGUACAACGUCGUCACGUCCAAGAUCGCGAUGGCCUGCCAGGUCAAGAAGUCGUCCGUCCGCGUCCUGACGAUGGUCGUUGUCCGCGCGCUUAUCUGGGCUGCGUUCCAGCCGCCCUUCCUUCCUCAUCCGGACGACGAGGAAGACGAGGGUCUGGCGGAGCACGCUUUGUCGACGGAAGACGACGAGAAGCGCUGGAGGACGGUCGCGCGCUAUGCCGCUGCGUGCGGUCCCGCCGCUAUUGGCCAAGCACUUUGCGCGUCGCUGCUCGGCCAGGAGGACACCACCGACCAGGACGUGCAUCGCGUACUCGAUGUCAUCGAGGCCAUCGCAAAGAAGCCGAACCUCGCACAGGAUUGCAUUGAUCUCUUGGAGCGCGUACUCGACUCUGGCGCGCCCAUCGAGAGUAUCAAGACGUGGGAUCCGACGCUGUUGCUCUCGGAGGACCUGUUCUGCGCGUAUCCGGGCUUGUUGACGGCGGACUAUGAUGACUUGAAGGAGCCGGUGGAGAUGGUGUGCACGCAGGCGCCGAGGACGAGUGAUAUCCAGCCACUUGCUCGCGAUCAGGUGUUACAGCCGUGGGUGCUGCUGGCGGCGGAGGGCAUCUGGAUGGAAUCCUUGAAGCAUGCGAAGGUGGAAGGCUCGGAGGUUCCGACGAAGCACCUCAAUGUGUGGACGUUGAUGCUGAAGGUUCGCCUUUCGGAAUGCGAAGAGUCUGGUGAUGAGAGCGAACUCGCUGUCAUUGCUUCGCACUUCACCGAGAUCCUGAUGAAUGUCGUGGCCGCCGCCGAUAUCAACAUCAUGACCAAGAAGAUGAAAGGCAACCCUCGCUUGGUGCCAAUGGUCUUUAAGCUGCGCCUCAUUGCCGAUCUAUGGCUCGUGCUCUGCGAGAACAUCCCGCGCGAGCAUCUUGCUGCCGAUGCCUCACGGCUGCUCAAGGCCGUCAUCGAUAGCGAGGAGGAGCUCUGCGAGAGCGACUUCUCGCGGCAGGCGUGGGCGACGCUUUGCGCGAGGCUGCUGUCCGUGUGUGAUUCGGAAGACUCGCGAGACUUCUGGUGCUUGUCGUCGAGGCGGAUGUCGUGGAGCUGGGACGAUGCUGUGCGCAAGAUGGUGUGGCGUGAGGUCGUCGACCAGUGGCGACAGGAUGGAGAAGCAUCGUGGGAUGGGGACAUCGUGCUGCUUGCGGCGCCUUUCACCGACGUCAUGGCGAUGGAACUGGAGAGCGAGGAUCUCGAGACCUGGGAAGAGUUCCUCGAGCACGCCAUGCGCCGUGCGCUCGACGACGGGUGCGACAGCGCUGACUUCCUCGAGAGGGUCGCAUCGACGAUCUAUGCGCACUUCAACCCGACUUCGAUGUACAACGCGCGCGCGGCUGACUUGCUGCUCUCGCGCGUCGACCUGUCCGCGGAGGCGAGGGUGCCCGCGGCGCUGCUGGACCUCGUCAACGAGUGUCUGCGCGCGGCGUACCCGCCGCACACACAGGACCAGGCGUGGUGCACAUGGAUGCUGAGGAGCCUGACGGACGUGUUGGAUAAGUGCCCGGGCGAGAUGAUGAUGGACGUGCUGGAGGCGCUCGAGGGCGGCCUUUGUGUGUGGUUGGAGGAUGCGAUGGGGCAUGGGGAGGAUUUAACGAUGCUGUAUGGGAUGAUUCUCGUGUCUGUUGGUGCGCUGCCGCAGGAGCUGGCGACCCUGGACAGGGUUGCGGGCAUUCUGGAGGCGCCGUUGCUGAGGCCAAAGGGCGGUGCGGAACCGUACAUCUCGCUGUUCCGCGACGACUUUUGGGAGGAGACGUAUGCGAAGAUGGAGGCACCGAAGGAGGGAUGGUCGUCUUCGAUACAGACGUGCCUCAAGGUUUGCGGUCUCGCGCCUGCGGAGGAAGUGCCCGAGGUCGAAGAGGAAACUGCGACCGAAGCCCUUGUUGCGCCGAUUGAGAUCAUCGACGUCGACGCGGAAGAGGAAGAGAUUGUCAGACCAUCGACCCCGCCGCCGCGCCCGUGCACGCCUACUUCACCCUUCGUGCGCGCUGUACCGCAGACUCCGGAGCGCGAUGCUCUGCCGCCCUCGUCGCCGCCUGGAACGCCGGCCUUCAGCGUACCGCCGACGAUGCCUACGACGCCGCAAUCGCCACUCAGGAUACCGAUGUCACCGACUCGUACUCCGUUGUCGCCGUCUAAGCGUGUGCCGCAGACCCCGAGGCUGACCAUGGCUUCGCCCAUCGCGAGACGGUUGGUGUUCUCGAGCCCUGGCAAGCGAGAAGACGAGAGCUCAGGCAAGGGAGCGGAUGAGGAGCCGCAAGGGCUGGGUGACGAACCACAAGCUCUGGGUGUCCCGACCUCUACCUUCUACUCCAAUCCCUCGUCGGUCAAGAAGCGGAAGAGCAAGGAGAACUCGAAGCCGAGGAAGAGGACGUUGUCGGCGCCGCUUGCUGCAGAUUCCAACUACGUGCGCGCGCUGGCUACUACCAUGCGCGUUCCGGCGACAGUAUCCCGACUCGGCGCUGCACUUUUGCGCGAUGCGUCGCUGUCGAGGGUGGCGUUGGGCAAGCGGGCUUCGUCGAGUCGGCCGAGAUUGGAGGCGAGCGAGGAUGCUAGCGAUGACCAACACGAGCAACUAAGACCGACGAAGCGCCUGCGGCGAUCGGCAAGGCUGAGCGGAGCGAGGAACGCGGAGGAAGAGAAGGUGGUGCAAGACUUACUUUUGUCUGCCGAAGCGGAGGAAGAGGAGGAGGAGGAGCCAGCAGCGUCGACUUCUGCUUCAACCUCGGCCGCGACUUCUGCUGAGGCGGAGGUUGCCUCUACUUCCGCCUCUGCUUUGACCUCGACUUCCGCCUCCUCGUCCUCGGCUUCCUCCCCGUCCCUCGUCUUUGACGCCGUCGAGGUGCCUACCCUUCGCACUGUUCGCCGUCGGUGGAGCGGCGAUCUGAAGGAGACCUCUACUCCAACCCGCCGGUCUAUGCGUCGCACGAAGUCGCAGCCCGAGCCCGCGACGGAGGAGCCUGCGAGCAAGCGUCGGCGCCUCACGCCUAGGCGCCCCAGCAUGCAGGACCUUAAGCCGCGCCUCACUAACGCCCUCAAGCCACGCACCCUCACUCGCAAGCCCACCAUGCAGGACAUCGGCUUUGGCGAGCGCCUCGAUGGGCUGGAGGACCCCGAGAGCGACGAUAUCCCGUCCUCGGACUCGUCGAUGCCAUCGUCCGAUGACGACCCGCAUAUUGGGCAGGUUACGCCAGGGCAUUUGAUUUCGCCGAUGCCUACGAGGGGCAAUAAGAAGCCGCUGGAUGAUGACGAGUACGAGGAGUCGGACGAGGAGGACGAGUUGGUGGACGAUAGCCCGACGAAGGGGCUGGCGGCGAGGCAUAGGAAGAAGAUGUUGCCGACGAACUUGACGCCGAUCCCGUUCAAGUUUUCGCCGAAGGUGUAAGCAUGGUCAGUGUGAGGAGGAUGGAAGAGGUGGACGAUGGGCUCGUACUACGUAUGCGCGCUAUGCUUUCUUUUUUUCUGUCUCGACUCUCGUUAUGCAUAGGUUAUUCAGGUAUUGUAUAGUCCCGUCGCAAAGCAUAGUAUACCAGAAUCGCAUCACUAUACGCAAUGGAAAAUCGUUUGGGCCCUUUGGCUGGCUUUC